AUGUCGGAUCGGGUUAUCAAGCAGAGCUCUCCGUCUACGACGCUACUUAGCGAAUCUCCUUUGACUGCUGACCCUGUAGACUUGGCAAACCCAACUAAUGCUUUGUCGUCAGUGGCUCCAGAACCCAUCUAUGUUUCUCGAGAGCAGUCCAGUGGUAUGAUGACGAAGAGUGGACUCAGCGCUUUGCAGCACACAAUAAAUAGCCUGAACGUCUUUCAACAUCUACCAAGAGACUCUGCUCAAGGUGUAGAGGAUUUAACCCGCAUGAAAAUGGCGAUGCUCAGCGGUAUCCCUACUGAAGUCAAUUGGGCCUUGAAAAAAUACCUAGCGUAUAGCAAUAAAGCACCAUACAUGAUUAGUCUUAAGGAAAAUCGGUAUCUUUUGCCGCUAUUCGCUAAACUUAUAGUGGAUACCAAACCUGUACUGAAAAGGUUCGACAUGCCCUUGAACGCGGAAAAUGAUAUUCCUACCUUGCAAAGAUGCCUCAAUACUAUUUUAGUACUGCGAAACAUGGCCCAGGAUGCGGAAUCUACCCAAAUUUUAGCCGUGGACUCCACGGUCAAAGAUUUCAUCCUAACUGUGCUACAGAUGUCUAAUGCCGUUAAUAAAGCUGCAUUCUCGCUGUAUUCCCAAAACUCUCCUUUUUUUAAUGAACUGAUACAUUAUAUUAUUGAUCUUAUGGAGGCAAUUUCGUCGUAUAUUGCACCAGCUCGAAAGGACGAUCCAUUUUUCCAAAACAUGGUAUCUCUUUUGACUGACACCAACGAUCGUUAUAUGGUUAUUUCGAUCUUGCGUUCGCUGUCUCGACUUCUAGUAAGAUCAAAAGCGGAUGAAGAAAGUGCAGCAGAUAACCUCCAUAACAAUAUACUGGACCAGAUUGUUUCUUACCUGCUGGUAGACUGCGACAGCGAACUGGUAAUGGCCUCUUUGGAUUUCCUUUACCAGUACGUCUUACCUGGCAAUGAAAGAAUCAACACUCUUUUAAGAAGCGAACAAAGGUUUGCCAUUCUAUCGGCAGUUUUGCCUAAAUUACUAACUUACGGCGUAACGCUUCCUGACUAUGAGGUAUUUGGGAGAUGUGAAAUAAAAUUAAAACAAAGAGUGAGGCCCCCGGCCCCAACUGAGCCACCUAAACUCGACAAGAGCUCGUUCCAUGAAGUUCUCGAACUUAAUGAACCAAUGAGGUCAACAGCAUGGCUUAGAUGUUGCUUCGAACCGGUUCAAGACUCGGAGGUGACACAAAUAAGUCUUUGGAGGGGUUAUGAGUCAGAAUUUUCUCAAGCCGUAAAGGAAUCUGGCAGAAAACUUCUUCCAGCAGUUGAAUUCAUAAAAAACGUUUCUAAUGCGUUCAAAGAUGCAUCAGCUAUGGUUAUCACAGACCAGACGACCAGCAAGAAAAGAUUCGUAAUAAAAGGUAUUCAGCCGAGAUCUUUUCCUGUUUCAAUUAGCGCAGGAGAGGUAGCCGCCAAUACAUCCGUUGACAAAGCCUCGUCGUCGCUAGAAACCAAAAAUGGCACCCUCCGUGAAGCAUCUCAAACUGCUCUACCUGGCAUUAAGUUUCCGUCGAGGUUGACUGAUGUCUCAAAAGCAAGUGCAACAUUUCUAUGCUUGAUAUCGAACGAUGACAAGGGUCUCGGUUUCGACUUUUGCAGAAGUGUCCGGUCCGUGAUACUAUUCACGCUGGCACAUGUUCCACCUUUGAACUCUGCUCUCGCUGAGUAUGUUGAUAACAUUCCUGCUACUUAA